AAUUGCGUUUUUAACAUACCGUUAUAAUAAUUUGAAAUGGUAGACAACAAGAAACGUAAGUAGAGCGUAAGCACUCAUGGGUUCUUGCACAUCCCGCUGCCAGUUAAACCUUGACAUUCGUUGACACUGUUUGUCUCAGUUGACAGUUGAGAUGACAAUGGAAAAUCUUUUUUCCCAAAUGGGAAUGGGGACGAAGCAGCUGUCAGAGAGGUAUUCAGAUGCGCCGGUCCAUGACCAUCAUGUGUAUUACGCUUACGAACCAUCUGGUCCUUCACAUGGACAUAUUGCAUCCUCAAAACACAACUACGGUGGAGGGCAUAAAAGCAACGCGUCAAUGUCAGCUUUAACAUUGCUGGCAUUCUUGUUUUUCCUGCAUAUAUUGCAACAAUGUAUUAAAGACCACGUUACCGAUAUGAGCACUGCCCCAGUCAUGAUCAUGACUGCCGGUAGAGAAGGCGAUGAAGCCGUAUCGAAAUCAACGGCAUAUAAUAAAAUCGAUAAAACCGGUGUUACUCAAAUCAAUUCGAAAGAUUCGUUUGGGAAUGAUCAAAUAAAUAUGCAAAAAUCCAACAAAUUAACCGAAAAGUCCGACGUUAAGAAACCAAACGAUGAUAGUUCGUCGAAUAAAUAUGUAAUUAAAAUUAAAUCCGCAAAUACAUCAAAAUUAGACGAACAAAAGUCUAAACGUAUUUUCAAAAGUGUUCCAAACCGCAAUCCACAUUUCGCCGGAUUUGUUAGUGCUAUGGAUGAAGAAUAACUGCAAGAAUUUACAUUUUAAUAAAAAAUAUACACAACUUUAUUUGUCAAGAUUUAUUAUAAAAUAUCAUUUGAACAUGAAUAUUGCGGCAGCCAGCAACAAUAAUUUCCAAAUAUUAUCAAGACUGACUCAUCUUUAUUAUUGCAACAGGGUUAUAUUAUGAUGUCUUUUUGCAUCAUACUUCAUUGAAGGAAAGCAAGAUCUACAAAUACAUCUAGUAUUUACUGAAACUAGUGUCAGAUUAAAACGUUGUUCCUAGACUUAGUUACACUACCUUACGUAUGCUUGUCGAAGUUUAUUGCAAAGUUGCAAUCAAGGAUGGUAAGAUAUUAAAAUAAUAAAAAGGAAUACUAAAUUUAUAUUUCAAAAAUAUAAACAAAAGGAAAUUUGAACAACGCUUCACGUAUAUUCUACUAAUAGCAGAAUAAACCUCAACAAACACUUCGACGUAUUACAAACGGUCACAACAAAAGAUGUUCUGAAGAUCGUAUUCACGAAAUUCUUGGAAA